GCUCGCUCCCGCGCCGGGCGCGCGAGCCUGCGAAGGCGGAAGGCGGCAGGGGCGCUCUGCCGCGGGGGCGAGCGCGCACGCGCUGUCCUGGGACCCGCUGCAGGCGUGAGUAUCCACGUGCGGCGGACGGCAGGGCCUCUUCUUCAUAGACUUAAAAAUCAAUAUUUUACGGUUUGGAAACGAAGCACCACUUGAAAUCCUCUCAAACACCCAAUUCCAAAGAAUUGGUAACAUUCUGUGAUCAAGAAAAGAAGUGGCUGACUGCAUCUUAAAAGUAUUCUGGCACUGGUCCUGUUUUUUUUCCCCUCCCUUAAUUUGAAGAAUUAUGGAGAAAUGGCACUUGAUGACAACUGUGGUCUUAAUAGGACUAACAGUACGGUGGACAGUUUCUCUUAAUUCUUAUUCAGAGUAGGGAAGGCAUGUAACCAGAUUGAAAGGAAGAGACCAGUGGAGAAUAAGAUUGGGAAUGAUGUGAGAGAAAAGGAGGGAGCAUUGAUGGAGUGUGGACCUGGAGAAUGGAGUUGGGAUUAAAUUUAACCCUGUGCUGGAAAACCCCCUAUGUUUGGUGAUUAUGAAGCUCAGAGACACUGGCAAGAAAUUACUUUUAACUUACCGAUCAAACAAUGGUAUUUUAACACCAGUGAUAACAAUUUACUGUAUUGGGGAUUGGAUUAUCCACCUCUUACAGCUUAUCAUAGUCUUUUGUGUGCAUAUGUGGCAAAGUUUAUAAAUCCAGACUGGAUCGCUCUCCAUACAUCACGUGGAUACGAGAGUCAGGCACAUAAGCUGUUCAUGCGUACAACAGGUAAAAGAACAAUAGUGUUAGUUGCUGAUUUGCUGAUUUACAUACCUGCAGUGGUUGUGUACUGUUAUUGUUUAAAAGACAUGUCAACUAAGAAAAAGAUUGCUAAUGUAUUAUGCAUAUUGCUAUAUCCAGGCCUUAUUCUGAUCGACUAUGGACAUUUUCAAUAUAAUUCUGUGAGUCUUGGCUUUGCUUUGUGGGGUGUUCUUGGGGUGUCUUAUGAUUGGGACCUUCUAGGGUCACUGGCAUUUUGCUUAGCUAUAAAUUAUAAACAGAUGGAACUUUACCACUCCUUGCCAUUUUUUUGCUUUUUACUUGGCAAGUGUUUUAAAAAAGGCCUCACAGGAAAGGGGUUAGUGUUGUUAAUUAAGCUGGCUUGUACUGUCGUGGCUUCCUUCAUUUUCUGCUGGCUGCCAUUCUUUACAGAAAGUGAACAAACCCUGCAAGUUCUAAGAAGACUCUUCCCAGUUGAUCGUGGAUUAUUUGAGGAUAAAGUAGCCAAUAUUUGGUGCAGCCUCAGUGUCUUUCUGAAGAUAAAGGAUAUUUUGCCACGUCACAUCCAGAUAAUAAUCAGCUUUUGUUUUACAUUUUUGAGCCUGCUUCCUACAUGUAUAAAAUUAAUACUUCAGCCUUCUCCCAAAGCAUUCAGAUUUACUCUGGUUACCUGUGCACUAUCAUUCUUUUUAUUUUCUUUCCACGUACAUGAAAAGUCCAUUCUCUUGGUAUCAUUUCCUGUCUGCUUAGUUUUAAGUGAAAUUCCUUUUAUGUCUACUUGGUUUUUACUUGUGUCAACAUUUAGUAUGCUACCUCUUCUAUUGAAGGAUGAACUCCUAAUGCCCUCAGUCGUGACAAUGAUGGCAUUUUUUAUAGCUUGUGCAACUUCCUUUUCAAUAUUUGAGAAGACUUCUGAAGAAGAACUGCAGUUGAAAUCCUUUUCCAUUUCUGUUAGGAGAUAUCUUCCAUAUUUUACUUUUCUUCCCAGAAUUAUACAACAUUUGUUUCUUAUCUCGAUAAUCAUUAUGGUCCUUCUGACACUGAUGACUGUCACACUGGAUCCUCCUCAGAAAUUACCGGACUUAUUUUCUGUAUUGGUGUGUUUUGUAUCCUGCUUGAACUUCUUGUUCUUCUUGAUAUAUUUUAACAUUAUAAUCAUGUGGGAUUCUAAAAACAGAAGAAAUCAGAAGAAAAUCAACUAGCUCUAUGUGAAAUGUGAAAUUGUUAACAAGUGCUAAAAGGUUUUAUGAUUUUUUUUUUUUGCUAUGUAUAAAUAAAAUUACCAUUUUGAGGAUUAUGAAAUUAUAGGAAAUAGUAAAAAGUCAUUGUUCUGUACACAAAUGUAUAGGGGUACCAAAGUCCAAUGGAGGCUUUUAUUUUUCUAACCAUUAAGUAGCCAAGACAUACUAGUUUUAUUAAUAUUCAGUUAUUCAAGCAGGAAAAUAAGAUAUUUUUAAUCCAAGUAUUUACUUAGGAAAUGUACUCUAUAAUUUACUAUCUUGGAAAAAAUCUGCAAAUACAGUGAGCUUGAUGGGAGAAUUUAGCCCCUUCUUUUGAAAGGAAAUUACUAAUUUUGGUAUUUAACUGUAAUGUUCCUUACAUUUUAGAAUAUAAUAAUGUGUGCUUCUUUCUUUAUAAAUUGUAUCUCAGGGAUUAAAUUUGUGAUAAUCUUUUAAAUGACUAUGAGAGGGCAGAUUAAACUGUUUGAAGUUUGAACAUGCCUUACUACAUGUGCAAACUUUAAUUUUUUUAACAAGGCAGAGAUUAACCUCUGUUAUUUCUAAGAAUGCUGAUUUAAUUGAAUGUAAUUAAUGAAUUUUCCUGAAUUUAAAUCUAAGUGGUUUGAGAGGUCUUUUUAUUACUCAUGAUCACUAGAUUCUAAACUUCCAGGAUCAUUUUAAGUUAAAUGGCUUUAUGCAGGAUUUCAUCCUUCUGUGCUUUUUGUUACGACAUGGUUCAAGGUUACCACUGUGAUAAGCACUGAUUCAUAUCAUGCUUCAUGUUAACCUGACUCUGUUAAUACUAUAUCACUAUUUAUUAGCAGAAGCCCAUCUUUACUAUAGUAUUCAAUUGGAAAAAAUAAUGUAUUCUAUGUUGUACUUUCUCAUGUAAAGGUGUUGAGUCUCUGUGACAAAAAUAAAAUCAUUGUCCCAUCA